AUGUACAGCUUUAUGGGUGGAGGGCUGUUCUGUGCAGGCGUGGGGAACAUCCUCCUGAUUGUUUCCACAGCAACCGAUUACUGGAUGCAGUAUCGGCAGUCUAGUAACUACAUGCACCAGGGCCUGUGGCGCUACUGUACGCCGGGAAAAUGCUUCCCGCACAACGACAGCAUCGCCCACUUAGACGCCACCCGCGCCCUUAUGAUCCUGUCUCUUCUGGCCUGUUUCAUUGGCAUCAUCAUUGGCAUUAUGGCCUUCAUCCAUUACUCCUCCUUCGACAGGUUUGACAAAACCUUCGCUGCAGGCAUUUUAUUCUUCAUCUCAUGCUUUUUCGUAUUUCUAGCAAUGGCUGUUUACACUGGUGUGACAAUUAACUACUAUGGGAAACGCUACGGAAACUGGAGGUUCUCCUGGUCCUAUAUCAUUGGCUGGGUGUCAGUGGUCCUCACCUUCUUUUCAGGUAUAUUCUAUUUGUGUGCCUACCGGAUGCAUGAAUGCCCCAGGAGCGGUACCUCUCAUUAG